AUUGCAUGUCUGAUGUCUCCCUAACAUUGAUUAUCUCAAGGGGGCCAAGAAUGGGUUAGGAAAUGAAUUAGGAAAUCAAAGAAUUGGGGAGAAAUAUGCCCUUUUGCCUCUAAGCACAUGAUAAAAAGUGUCAAAAUGGAACAAAUUCAAUCCCUUGUUUCAUGGGGAAUCAUAUUCCAUUCCCCAAUUUCUUAUGGUUCUAUUGGCUUGUUGCCCUCAAUCAGUGCUUCUAUUUGGAAAGAGCACCAACCCAAUAAAAGGGCAAGUCCUUACAAGUAAAGUCUAUAGUCUUUCAUUCUUCAUCUUUAGUUUGCCCUCUCUUCUACUUCCAUACUUCUUUCUUCUAUUGGUUCUUCAACUCUUCAGAGGUUUAAAAGAUGCAUGACUGGGCAGCACCUCUUAUAGCAGCAGCUUUGUUUGCAUUCCUACAACCUGGGUUGCUGCUUCAGAUCCCUGGGAAGCAUAGGCCAGUGGAUUUCAUGAACAUGAAGACAAGUUUCCCUUCCAUGUUUGUUCACUGGCUCAUCUAUGGUCUGCUGCUCAUCUUGUUCCUCGCUGUUCUCAAUGCUCACCUCUAUGCCUAAGUUAGUAGUAAUUCACAGAAGAAGAAUUCCAACUCCCCUUGAUUUGGUUGGAUGAUUUUGGAUUCUUAUACUGGUGUUAUUUCUAUGCUCUUUAUGCCUUGUAGGUUUAUGUCCUGUAACUCUUGUCAAGCAAACGGAACAAUCUUUUGCGGAUUUGAUUAGUAGACUAGCAGUACUGGAUAAAUUCUUAAAAUUAUGUUUCUCAAUAGAAUUUGAUCCAAGUUCAAUCCUCAUAAUUCUAACUUAUAUAGCACAGAGUUCCACUGAUGGAACAAUUGACAAGCUUUUACACGCUCAAAUGAAAUGAUCAUUCAUGGAGCUUUUUAAUUAGAAUUCAAGCAUUGAUUGAUCUGGAUUUGGUUCUUUUUCUUGAUCAUAUUCGUCUUCUCCUUCUUACUUUGUGGGAGUGCAACCUAUUAUAAAAUCUCUGUAGGAUUGAAAUGAAUAGACACCAUAAUAGGCAACAACAUAUGUCGAUCUAGCAUAAAAUCCUAUAGGAUUGAAAUGAAUUGAUACCAUAAUAGGCAAAGAUUGAAACAAUUACCUUCACAACCACCAAAUGUACACACUUCACACUAAAUUCAAGAGUUACAAUCAAGAGCAUCAUUCUUUUUACCUUACAACUCUAAAUUCUUGUAUACAAACAAAAAGUUUAACUUGCACCAAACGAAAAGAAAACACAUUAGAAAAUACCAAUUGAGAGAAAGGGGUUCUCAUUCUUUCCCCAUACCAAUCUGUAAUGAAGGAAGCCAAAACAAUACCAAAACCAACAUUAAUGGGAAGUGCUUAGCUUAACCAAAUGAUCAAGCUCCUACAUACAUAUGGAUACUAGCUGCCAGCAAGAAAAUGCACAUAAAACAGAAGUAAAGAAUGGCAUGAACCAGAACUGAAGCCCCACUGGUUUGGAAGUUGCUGAACUCCACAUAUCUGGCAUUGCCGGGGAGCUGGACCAGCAAGCCUGGUGUUAGGAUUAUGAACAGCAUCACUGCAAUGAACACUGGCCCCCAGUCUAUCAUUUUUUCCAUUCCCUUUGCCUUUCCUUUUGUAGAAUUUUCUUGUUUCCUUCUUCUUCUGGUAUUGAGUUGCCCUCUGUUCACUUUCUCUAGGAUGAAGUUAUGUGGGGGUUUAUAAAUGGGCUGAGAAAGUUUGAUUUAUUAGAGGAUGAUGAUGAGACUCAUAAGAGACGAGACAAAGAUUGAAGGUUAGGGAAAGGGGAAAAGAGGAAAGAAAGGUGAGGGCAUCAAGCAAUUGUGUUUCAUACUUUUUUUCUGUACCACCUUAUGAAAUGCUCAAAAGCACAUGCACUACUAUGGGUCCAAACUUCAUAAUGUUAAUGAAAUGCUGAUAAAGAU